ACAAUAAGCGGUGGUGGUGAAAGUGGGGUAUGCACGUCUGUGAGCGCGCGGGGCAGUUUUACCUUUUUUACCCCGACCUUUGGAUCUCACCCCUCCUCCGAGGUGGAGGAGGCAGCUCCGCCGUCCUCUCAUACAAUUGGCUCUUCUCUUCUGGAAACCCGUGGCCCUCGCGCACGCGCGCACACACACACACACACACACACACACACACACACAUACGACGCAUUCCGUUUCCACGCGUGAUGCUGCGGGAGCCCAAAGUCCCCGGCCCGUGGCGCACACACUCUUCGGAAUGUUUGAAGAUUAACGAGGCCGCGCGCGAGCCGCUGUAGACCGACACGAGCCCUCGGACGCACAGCCGGCCAGGAAGCGGGCAGAGCAGGCGGACCCAGGCGGAGCAAGUCACCGCAGCAUCGGACGACGGCCCCGGCGGCGACACGAUGACCGAGAAGCGGAUGUCACGGUGGUAUUUCGGCGGGCUGGCCUCGUGCGGAGCCGCCUGCUGCACGCAUCCUCUGGAUCUCCUCAAGGUGCACCUUCAGACGCAGCAGGAGGUGAAGAAGAGGAUGGUGGGGAUGGCCAUCCACGUGGUGAAGAACGACGGCGUGCUGGCUCUCUACAACGGCCUCUCUGCGUCUCUCUGCAGACAGAUGUCCUACUCCCUCACUCGAUUUGCCAUCUAUGAGACGGUGAGGGACAUGCUGGGCAGCAGCAGCCAGGGCCCCAUGCCGUUCUACCAGAAGGUCCUGCUGGGGGCGUUCGGAGGUUUCACCGGCGGCUUCGUCGGCACGCCGGCCGACCUGGUCAACGUGAGGAUGCAGAACGACAUGAAACUGCCACCAGAACAGAGGAGGAAUUACAAACACGCCAUCGACGGGCUCUUCAGAGUGGCCAGAGAAGAGGGCGUGAGGAGGCUGUUCUCUGGAGCGUCCAUGGCCUCCAGCAGAGGAGCUCUGGUCACGGUGGGACAGUUGGCGUGUUACGACCAGGCCAAGCAGCUGGUGCUGGGAACAGGCAUUAUGGGAGACAACAUAUUGACACACUUUGUUUCCAGCUUCAUCGCCGGAGGCUGUGCGACGUUCCUCUGCCAGCCUCUGGAUGUGCUGAAGACGCGGCUGAUGAACUCGAAGGGGGAGUACGCAGGGGUGACUCACUGCUUAAGAGAGACCGCCCGGCUGGGUCCGCUGGCUUUUUACAAGGGUCUCGUUCCCGCAGGGAUCCGCUUGAUUCCUCACACAGUGCUCACCUUCAUCUUCCUGGAGCAGCUCAGGCAAAACUUCGGCGUCCGCAUCCUGUCAUGAGGCCGAACGGAGACCGGCCGGCUUCGGCUUGCCCCUCCCCCCCCCCGUCACUCUGCUGCUGCUCAACAAGUGCAAGAUUCAAAGGGAAGACGGCGAGACGCGUACGGCGUGCUACUGUGUGGUUUCUCCUUCUGCUCUACCUCUGAGAGCACCAGUGUCUUAAAAGGACCUGAUCCUUCCUCCUACUAAAAGUAAUAGAUGCUCGAUGUAAAGUAAUGAUAUGUCCGUGAAUAACCCGCCAGCUUCAGAGAAGACUGGGAUAGAUUAGUUCUAGCAGACCUCCGUUUAGCCUCCGGCUGAUCGAUACAGAUAAAGUUAAAUACUAACUUUAAUCAUUUCCAAACCUUUAAUUGCACUUAGGCCAGUGGUGCAUGUGCUAACAUGCAGAUUGUUGCUACGUCAUGUCGUGUUUUGACACACCGUCGUCAUUAUCUUGAGCCAACGCGGGGUUUACUGUAGGUACUAAAUGUCCUUGUAAAGCUGUAAGCAAACACACUGCAGCCUCUCCAUCAGUGAAUAAUCUGUGGUAUUUUCCUGAAUAUGAGGCUUAAAACAUGAUGGACCCAGCUGCCUGCGCCGCGACGCCUCACUCAUUCCCAUCAGUCUGCUAACUGGAAAUCUACGAGCAGCCAUUCAAAGCUGGAAUUUAUUCCACGGGCGUCGCACUGCUGUCAGUUCUUCUCCAGACAGAGGACCAAGCUUGUUUGAUGAAUGAAAAGGCCUCAGAGUUUUCCCGGUUCUGUUGCAUCUCAUCUGUCUUUUCGUGGUCCCCUGCUGCUCAGUGUACAUGUUCCCAUCUGUGACGUUCCUGCUCGGUCAGUGUCAUUAAGUGUCACACUCUGACUCAGGAUGCAGCUGAUUUAAAAGGCACUUUAG